AUGGGCGAUAGUUUUGAGGCAGUUUGUGCCGACGAUUCGGAGGAGGAUGUGGCUGCCGUCAGGGCUAUGGUGGAAAAGAUCACGUCGGAAAUAAUGGCACACGGCGAGGAGGAGUACGAUUCGUACGAUCCGGAGAGCUUGCAGAAGGUGGAAUUCCACAUACAGAUCAACCGGGUUGGGACGAUUCUGGGCGAGAUGACUCAAACGCUCGAAGUGUUGUUCUGCUUGCCAGUGAUAUGUCAGAAUGAAACCUUGCUGGAUGCUUGCUUCGAGGAGGACGAUAAAAACGUGAUAAAGUUUCUCAGCCAGUACAUCGCGUCUCACGCAGCUGCCACGGUAACGAAGGAUGAAAUCGAUGUGGAGCAGUUAAAAAUUCCCUCUGGACAGCUGAUUGAACUAGCAAUGCUGUUAUCGAAGAAGGAACUACACACGGCCACGACGGGACAUGUUAAACAGCUACCGGGCGUAUAUCGACGCUUUCUGUCGAAUAUACGCGAGUUUCGCAAAUUUACGAUCAACAAGAUGAAGCUAACCGCUCAGAAGGAUCUGGCAAAGGAGAAAAUCCUACAUCGGUUGUGGACGCGCAAUGAACGUAACAAAAAAGAGAUUCGCAAGAUCGAGGACAUCCUUGUGAUGAAGAAAGAAAAGCUGGAAGAAUCCGUACAGGAGAAGUACGCCGUUAUCGAGCGGUACCGUAAGGAGCUGGAGGAGUUAGGGGAGAAUAGCCGCGAAAGGAUCAGCAAAUUUAUGGAUGAUUCGGAUCGGCAGAUGUUUCACUACUUCGAACGAAGCGACCAGCGGUAUGAGAAUCUGCUCGAGGAAGCUGCCAGCACGAUGAAGAGCUACCAGCAGCAGCUAAACGAGGACUUAACGGUGGAGAAAGCGAACCGCCUAAAGAAGCUGAAGCUCACACAUCAGCUGCAAUCGUGGCUGCACAAGUACGAUAAGGACGCUGGCGAGAGAACCCACGAAUUGAAGGUGCUGGUAGCGAAGCUGAACACCCGCCAGCAGGAGUACAACCUUUGGAAGAGCACCAUUUUCGAUCCACAGGAGAAGAAGUACUUUGAUGCGAUGGAGGAAAAACGGCAGAUUGAGAUUCGGGAGCAGGAGGAACGGAUCGAGGCGUUCAUGAUGAACCGCGCGGCAAAGGCACUUCAAAGAGCGUGGCGUUCGGUGGCGGAACGGAAACGCAAGAUGCGUGGAAAAGGCCGCGGUCGAAAGGGCAAGGGCAAACGGAAGUAA